CACACUAUGGUGGCCAUCUGGAAGGCAUGACAAGUUGAUCAGCAUAGAUGAGCAGAAUCUCUAUUUGUGGAGCUUGGAUUCUUCAAAAAAGACAGUACAGGAUUUGUGGUGAAAUCCAGGUACAAUCACAGGAGUCAACAGGAAUGCUUCAUUACUUAUCUGGUGGAGCAUGGGAUCCACAUGAUGUGAAUUCCGUUGCAUCAACAUGUGAAUCAUCGAUACAAUUUUGGGAUCUACGGACAAUGAAGAAAACAAAUUCAAUUGAGCAUGCCCAUGUCCGUAAUGUAGAUUAUGACACCAAAAAGAAGUUUAUCCUUGUAACUGCUGAGGAUGAAUCUGGGAUACAUAUAUGGGAUCUUAGAAUGCUGAAGGUUCCUAUCCUUGAGCUCCCUGGACAUGCACACUGGACGUGGGCUGUUAGAUGUAAUCCUGAGUAUGAUGGCCUAGUUCUGAGUGCUGGAACAGACUCAGCUGUCAAUUUGUGGAUGGCUUCUCCUCCUAGCAGUGAUGAUUUAUCAUCUGAAAGCUUGAUGGACUCACAUACGAGAUCGGUAGAUCCAUUGCUCAUUUCGUACAGUGACUACGAAGACAGUGUCUAUGGCCUUGCUUGGAGUUCCCGAGAGCCAUGGAUUUUUGCAUCAUUAUCCUAUGAUGGGAGGGUGGUCGUGGAAUCAAUAAAGCCCCAUCUUUCCAAAAAAUGAAGUCAGAUCAUUUACUUGAUAGUAUUUUUUCCCCCUUCACAAGCUUAUUACUCGGAAUACCUUCUACCCUCAUAUGAAAUAUUCUCAUUCUCUAUUGAGGGUUUUCAUAAUGUUUCGGGAUGUAGUUGAGGCUCAUGUGCCAUUUAGGCAUGGUACAUUGACUUGUGCAUGGACGACCUUGAAUAUUGUAUUCAAAUAUGAGCAUGUGGUGCUUGUACCUUUGUAUAGAGGGAAAUUAAGUAUUGGGAUUGUUUGGUCUUCAGACCACACAUUGCUAAAGGAGACCAAUUAUAUUUGAGUGAUUCUUUCAUUUUAAUGAUUUUGAGUUUGGAAAGAAAAAGCGUCAUUGAUCUGCAUUUGACCAAAUCACCAAGUUGAACAUGAAUGUCUUUUCCAUAUUCAUAAAUGGACGAAUUAAUUAAUGGUU